GUGAACACUUGCAAGCCAAUUUGAAACCAGCGUCUGUUUUUUUUAUGAUAAAAAUACGUUUUAUAAAAACAAGAUGCAUGGAUUUAACUGUUUGAUUUUCGCCAUUUUGGUGAAGUUUAGCUUUUCUCAUGUUACAUUUCCAGAUGUUCUUGAAACAGCUAUACAGAAUUUACGUUCUAAGAGGGAAGCACCGUGUGGUGAAGAAAUUGAUUUGGAACAAACGGGCGGUGUAGCUGAAAUUCAGCUCCGGACGGAAUUAUUCAACGGCACAGGAUUCUACAGAGCAAAUGAAGACUGUACAUGGACUCUUAAGACCGCCCAAGAUCAUUUCAUGAUCUUAAAAUCUGACUACUUCAGCGUCGAAAUAAGCGAGAACUGUAGCAUGGACUAUGUUGAGAUUACAGAAAAGGGCGUUGGUGGGACAACAAGCAAAUACUGUGGUUGGGACCCAUUGACCUAUAUCACAUUUAAGAGCGAAAUCCAACUACAAUUCAAGUCGGAUGUGUCAUUUGCAGACAUGGGUUUCAAAUUCAUCAUCGAGUCGAGUAAAAGAGGUAGGGAUGACUCUAAGUGCAUUGGUAGUAUAUUGGGUGGUGAAGAUUCAAGAAUAAUGAAUAAAGAUGAUUUAAAAGAGGAUUGUUUUUACAGAAUACAGGCACCCAGGGACAAAGUUAUUACUUUGGAACUAAAAAUGCUAAAUUUUGGCUCUGCUAGUUGUGAGGAGGAAAGUAUAAUCAUUUAUGAAGGACACAGUACACGAAAACCCCUCGGUACAGUAUGUGGCGACAGUGUUCUGGGAAUUCUGCCUUAUCAUGCAAGUUCAAUGUUUAUUGAGUACAGAAAUCUUCUUCAACAAGAAGGUGCACGUUUUGCAAUUGAUUAUAUGUUUGUCGAAGACAACUUUACUCCAGCACCUGUACCAUCAACAACUCCAUCUCCAGCUGGUGGAAAUAAUGAUUGUAGUCGAAUGUACAAAGGAAUCGAUAUAGGGAGCGGCAUUGUAGUAUAUACAGCACCUAAAUACGAAAGCAACACAGAUUGUAUAGUUGUUGUACAUAAUGAUAUAUUUCCUAAACACGUGGUACAGGUAGAAUUCGACUACUUCAGCAUUAAACAAUCGGACAACUGUAUCUUUGAUUCGUUAAGAAUUUUUUCUGGAAUAAGUAAUGACUCCGGUAUGCUUGGUGGACCAUAUUGCGGUGAAAGUCUACAUGGGCGAACUUUCCUAUCACCUGGUAACUCUCUUCGCCUUGAAUUCAAAACAGACGUGUCUUUGGCCUUAAAAGGAUUUCAAGCAAAAAUUUCGUUCGUCUCAAAUACAGAAUGCAUAUGCAAUGGAAAUAAGAUGUGCAUACGCCAGGACUUUGAGAAAAAAUGUAUAAGCGGGCAAAUAUGUGAGGGAAUUAGCUGUCAAAAUGGCGGAACGUGCAUCAAAACAGGUUCUGAAGAGACAUGUUAUUGCCCUAAAGGUUUCAAAGGGGAAAAUUGUUCACAAAUAGAAUAUAUACGUGUAAAUGGAGAAAAGUAUAAACAUAUACGCUUUACUGAGGCACCCGCAGACAGAACGAUAAAGAAAGGUGAAGGCCACGUAGAAGAAUGUAAAGUUGAGGUUCCAAAUGGAGAGGAGGUUGAAUAUAAUUGGUACUUCCAAGGAGCAAUGAUAGAACCAUACAAUAAAAAGGCAGGUUUUGGAACUCAUCGCGGUGGAAUAUUACAGAUUGAUGUUUUUUCGGACAAAUUGGCGGGAAAUUAUUCAUGUUUUGCGACGACUUCUGGUAGAACUGCAGAACACACGUUUGAGUAUAGGAUUUUUGAGGAGUGUAACGUCAGACCAAACCAAGAGGGUUGUGAUGAACUAGAAGGGUCUGGUAUUCCGUGUAAUGAUACUGGUUACGGUUGUUGUCCAGAUCGUGUUACCGCGGCAACCGGACCUAAUGAAGAGGGCUGUGAUAUAUCUAUUGUGGACCCUCAACCGACGACAGACACCGAUGUUGAUAUAAAUGUUGAUGGAUCGGAUAGGACAGGCACUGAUUUACCAGGUAUUGCCUAUUGUCCAAACUUUCCUGUAGAUGUGGUAUCAUUGUCUUUGAUUUAACAAACCUGUUUUGUC